GCAGCUCCAGCACAGCCGCCUCCACUUUACGCACCUGCGGGAAUGCGCCUACCCGAAGAAGUAGGACUCCUCCACAAACGCACCGUUCCACGCCUGCGCCGUCCCUCCUAAAGGCCCCUCCUGGAGCUCAUUUCAUGCUCGCUGUGCGCUCGGUUCUGCUUCUGCCGCCGCCACCGCUGAUGCUGCUGCUGCUGCUGCUGCUGAAGGCGGUCAUGACAGAGGAGCUGUAGCCUACGACGCAGCAACAAGCAAUCAUCUGUGAUCACUGUGCGUCAACGCUGUCCAAAGCAUCAGAGAUGAAGACCAUUCUGGCUGCGUACUCCGGUGUCCUGAGAGGCACCGGCUCCAGCAUCUUCUCCGCCCUGCAGGAUCUGCCCUUAGGACUGUGGCCCUGCAGGUCCAAGAUGGAAAAGCAUCUGCAGGUCAUUUCUGUGCUGCAGUGGGUUGUCACCUUCUUAGCCAUGGGUGCUGCUUGCACUGUGCUGCUGAUCUACAUUUUUUGCACUGACUGCUGGUUGAUAGCUGCAAUGUAUACUGCCUGGCUCAUUGUUGACUGGAACACCCCAAAACAAGGUGGAAGGAGAUCCUCCUGGGUCAGAAACUGGACGGUGUGGAAGUAUUUUCGAGACUACUUCCCUGUCAAACUCAUUAAAACCCAUGAUCUUCUGCCCAGCCGGAACUACAUAUUUGGCUACCAUCCGCAUGGUAUCUUCUGCUUUGGUGCUUUCUGCAACUUUGGGACUGAAGCAACAGGCUUCUCCAAGAAAUUUCCCGGCAUCAAGCCCUCCCUGGCGACUCUAGCAGGAAACUUCCGCUUGCCUGUUCUUAGAGACUACCUGAUGUCUGGAGGCAUUUGCCCAGUGAACAGGAAUUCCAUCGACUACCUGCUGUCAUGUAACGGGACUGGAAACGCCGUGGUCAUCGUGGUUGGAGGUGCAGCAGAAUCUCUGCACUGCACGCCAGGCAUGAACUGUGUCACCCUGAGGAACCGGAAAGGCUUUGUUCGACUGGCGCUGCAAAAAGGGUCCGACUUGGUUCCUGUCUAUUCUUUUGGAGAGAAUGACGUUUACAAGCAGGUGAUUUUUGAGGAGGGAACCUACUGGAGAGCCAUUCAGAAGAAGCUGCAGAAGAUCUUGGGCUUUGCUCCUUGCCUUUUUCAUGGAAGUGGCCUUUUCUUUAACAAUUCCUGGGGCAUUGUGCCUUUCUGCAAGCCCAUAACUACCAUAGUUGGAGAGCCAAUUACUGUGCCAAAGAUUGAAGAUCCAACUGAGGAGAUGGUGGACCUCUACCAUGACAUGUACAUCAGGUCUCUUCAGUCCCUGUUUGACAGGUUUAAGACCAGGUAUGGUCUGAAAGAGAGCGACAUCCUGCACGUUCAGUGAGGAGAUAAAGAGACGUUGCUGAAAAUCCCAACAUCCAACCGUUUUUUUUCUCAUUGUGAAUUUGUUGCUGGUUCAUCACUGAACGUCUACCUGCACAUGUAAAUGCUGGUUAAAGAUGCUGAUUGCAGUGCGGCAAACAAAAAUGGGUGAAGAUCUCUGCAAGGGGAGGGCAGAUUUAAACUUUAGUGACCUCUAACUGCUGCCUUUGUGUGGACAAAGUUACACUUCAUGAAAAGCAGUGCCUUGUUCUGUCUUUCAAUUUUUUCCCCCCCAUGAGAUUCUGUUUGAACUGAGCAGAGUUGCAGUCUCCACCAGAUAAAGCUCUCGGUUAAACCUGAGACUUUUAAGACAUGACAGUGUCUUUUCUUUGAGGUCCAACGCAGAACCUUAUGAAGUGCUUUAUGACCUGAUUGAAAUGCUCAACGCACAAACAAUGCAAAUUAAAGGUAUGACUUUGAUAUUGGAAUGAAAAGCCCAAAGCUUAAUUCAGCCAAAGACAAAUGCUGUUUCCUACGUGCAUUGAUUGUUCAUGUAUUUGUAUACACUUAAAGUGUAAGCGUUCUACAGGGUGGAUUUAUAUUGUGAAUAGAUGAUGUACACAUUUCUAUGAUUAUGUAUGAAGCCAUGAAGUAUUGAUUGUAUACUGUAGUAGGAAAAAGAAACAGUUGGAAAGCUUGUCCCUCAGUAUUUUUCAUGCACUUUUUGUAUUGCAUAUUCUAAAGAAAGUCUCCAGAAAAAGGCCUUUGGAGUUUUUCCUUCUUGUCCCUUGACAGUUGUUCUGCUGCGUGGUGUUGUUCCCGUCUUUAUUCAGGUUUGAAUCUACAAGACUAUAUGAAAUCUACACCAUUAAAAACUCGAUUCUUUAAAUCGUCAAUGAAAGUUUGAGCAGCAAUGGUAGAAAAUAAUGUAUGUCAUAAACCUGGCAUGCGAUUGUUAGUCCAUAAUUGUGCUUAUGAAGGGCUUAAACCUUGCUGGUGUUAAGUUACUUUGCAUUUGACUGUGCAUAACAGUUUUUCACUAAUGGAACAUGGGAAGUUCUGGGAAUCAUCAUCCUGAAGGCUGAGAAGCAGAAAGAUUGGUAGCAGGUGUUAAAGAGAAUUUAUUAUUUUUUGUGGACUCACCAUUGUGGCUUAUUUCUAAGAGCAGUGUAAUCUCUGUGCAAUACAUUUUAUAGCAAUAAACAGCAAGACAGACGUAUGUGACAAAAGAUGUCUUCUGCCAAUAUUUAAAUUAAAUUUUGUAUGUUUUCAUGAACCGUGUUCUUUUGUGUGUUUCCCUUUCCUGCACUUUUCUAUAGUUGCAGUACAGGACCUUACUCAUGGAAUCCAUUGAGAUAUUUUUUCUUUUAAGGGGGAAAAAAAUUAAAGCUUCUGUGUAUUUCUGGAAAUUGAAAUGAGAAGGAGUAAUCAGAAAAUUAAACUGAUUUUCCAAAUGAA